CCUGACCUGACAGUGAAUACAACUUGGAAUCCAACUCCAAUUCCGAGCUUUUUUUUUUUCCUAUUAAUUUUCCUUUUUUUCGUUUUGGAAUAAAAAGUCGUCUUCUUCUUCCGUCUCCUCCGAUUCUCAACUCUUCGCGACAUUUUCUUCGAUCAAUUGCGGUUAGGGUCUUGUAUUGCAUUCUUCUUUAGUUUCUAGGGUUUCUCUUCGGCGCUCUAAUUUUGAGCCCCUGAUUUCGAUCACUACAUAUGAUGUGAAGAAAUCGAAAACCUAUCGGUGUGUUCGUUGGUUCGUCAGAGUUGUCAAAUUGAUAGAAGAUGGCGAGAAAGGGGAUUGGGAUUUUCAGCUUCCAUUCGCAGAGAGUCAACAUGUUCGGACGCGAAUUCCGAUUCGGGAGGAUUGUAGAUUCAUAUUCUGUGGCCUGCGAAGCGUUUUCUGAAUAUCCGUUUCUCUAAUACGCUCUUUUCUUCCUCUUCUCCUUUCUCUUCUUUUGUUUGAGUGAAUUUUUCGUUUUUAGUCGAUAUGGAUUUGGGGGCGUCGGGGUUUGUUUUUCCUUUGAAAACCAAAGGAAAGUUCGAUGCUGCCGAGGCCGAUGUUGUUGAAGUUUCGUCUAAUAAUCGAUACAGUCGGUAUAAUGAAAUCUUGGGAAGAGGAGCGUUUAAGAUUGUAUAUAAAGGGUUUGAUGAAAUUGAGGGAAUUGAAGUUGCUUGGAACCAAGUCAGUAUAGACGAUGCAUUGCAGUCUCCUGCUAAUCUGGAGAGAUUGUAUUCUGAGGCUCACUUGUUGAGAACAUUGAAGCAUGAGAACAUCAUAAAAUCACUGGACUCUUGGGUGGACGAUCAGAAUAAAACGAUCAACAUGAUCACAGAGUUAUUCACUUCAGGAAGCUUGAGGCAAUAUCGUAAGAAACAUAAGGUUGUUGACAUAAAGGCCAUCAAGAGCUGGGCUAGGCAAAUUCUCAGAGGUUUACACUAUCUCCACAGUCACAAUCCACCUAUUAUUCAUAGGGACCUGAAGUGUGAUAAUAUAUUCAUCAAUGGGAAUCAUGGUGAAGUUAAAAUAGGAGAUCUUGGAUUGGCUACAAUAAUGCAGCAGCCUACUGCACAAAGUGUUAUUGGAACUCCUGAGUUUAUGGCGCCUGAGCUCUAUGAAGAAGAGUACAAUGAACUUGUUGACAUUUAUUCUUUUGGUAUGUGCCUGUUAGAGCUGAUAACAUGUGAAUAUCCCUACAGUGAGUGCAGAAAUCAAGCACAAAUCUUUAAAAAGGUUACUUCGGGCAUAAAACCUGCAGCUUUGGAUAAAGUUAAGGAUCCUGAAGUAAAGCAAUUUAUAGAGAAGUGUUUAGUCCCAGCAUCUAAACGGUUAAGUGCUGCAGAGCUCUUGAAAGAUCCAUUCCUUUCAUGGACAAAUUCAAGUGAACUCCAACCUGAAGUUAUGCAGAACUCAAAUCAUAUGUCAAAGUCCAUAAAUUUGACAAAGUCUGAUUCUCUUUCAAUGGAGAUAGAUCCCGCAUCCAGAAAGUUAUCAAGUGUUGCUUGUAUAGAAAACAGCGUGACUGAAAUUCCUCAAGUCACUGAGUUUCUUAGGUGCAAUGGGAAAAAUGAAUUUAGGUUAAGAGGGGAGAAGUAUGAUGAAAGUUCCAUUUCCUUUAGCCUUCGCAUUACUGACUAUAGUGGUCAAGCAAGGAAUAUUCAUUUCAUGUUUUUCCUUGAUCAUGAUACUACUGUCUCAAUUGCUGGCGAGAUGGUUGAACAACUUGAGUUGCCAAAUGAAGAUGUAGCAUUAAUAGCGGACAUGAUUGAUCGCUUAACAUUGAAACUUGUACCAAGUUGGAAAUCUUCAUGUGGAAGCUUAGGUGCCGGCAAAUGUCCAUAUGACAAUUCAAUUGCUGUUGCAAGUACUUCCAAAAACCAUGGAUCAAAUUGGGUUUUUGGGCAAGGAUCCAUGGAGCAGCAUGUCUUUUCUCAUGCAUCAGGGGGGAAGAACAAUACUGAGGAAGUAGACAAGGAAAAUAUAUCUUCAGAACAUGGAAUGCCAGCCUCUCUAGGCAAGCACAAGAAGCCCCUAGGCGAAGUCUAUGAUGAAACUAAGGGUUUCAAAAAUGGUGGGCUUAGCUACGAGGGAUGCCCUUCUGAAUUUAUGAUGAGCGAGUGCACAGGGAUCUCCUCAGCUGGUUCAUUCACUACCAUGUCCAAUGAUAUGAACAUAUGCAUUUCUUCUCUCUCCGUAGCAGACAAGGAUAAUGAUAAAGAUCAUUAUGUUGAUCUCAAGCAGGAAAUCGAUGCCAUUGAUAUGCAGUAUCAGCAGUGCUGUCGAGAACUUGUGAGGAUGAGGGAGGAGGCAAUUGAGAAUGCUAAAAAGAAAUGGAUUACCAAAAAGAUGUGUCCUUUGACUAUGCAGAUUGCUCCAUGCUACUAUUUGUCUAAUUAGUGCAACUACUUGUGUGUGGAUAUUUUUUCUAUAGAAAUUGCUCUGUUAUUUACACCAAAUUUGAUUCAUAUACUACAUUGUGUAUUUGGACCAAAUCUGAUUCAUAUAUGUGACAAGAAUUGAUUGGAUAUUUGGAAAUC